CAAUGGGAGGUCGAGGACGAGGACGAGGUCGAGGUGGUGGUAGCUCCAUGGAAAUCAGCAGUGAGGAAAAUACCCAUUCGAGUAUGGCUGGCGAUGUUGCCAAUGCGGAGCGGGACAGCGCCGCCAGGGCCCCCAGGGCCCAGCAACAAUGGCAAAUGGAACUGGUGGAUGCCACGUGGGCUGCCACAUUGGUCGGCGAUAAUAUCGCCCUGUCCACUCGCAUCGGUGCCGCCAAGAGCGGUGACACCAGCGAAGAUGAGCUGGCUGAUCGUGAAGACGAUGGCCCCGUUUACAGUCUGUUUGAUGGCGAUGCGGAUGCGGAGGCGGAGGCGGAUAUUGACAACGAUGAUGCGGGCAUCUGUGGCGAAGAGUCCAUGGCGCUGUUGGCCCACGAAAUGCUCUGUUGCUCGGACUCGGAAACGGAGAACGAUAAAUCCGAAGGCAACUACACGAUCAGGGCGUGCCAGAAGCUGGAUGGCAGCUUGCAAUAUGGCCUGCACAAUCCCUACCAGCUAAUGGACAACGACGAAGAGCCGGAGAAGGAUGUCCAGCUGAAGAAGAUCAACGAGCGGCAUGCAGCGGUCUUUCAGUACAGAAAGCAGCAAACGGGGGCAGCCACAAAGGCAGUGCAACUGCCACUGCCACUGGCAGUGCCAACUCAAAGCGCAGGCAGCUUCAAUUAUUUCUGAGCAAAUAUUAUCCGCAAAACGGCACAGAACUCCGACUGAAUUUCUGAUGCUUUGAAUUCCAGAAUUUAUUUCGCGAUUUAUACUUAAUUUAUUUGUUGCAAAAAUUGUCAUGUAGCGCCAC